GUACAUCCUCUCGUGUUCGAAUCGCGAUCGACAAUCGCUUUCUCUCGACACCGUUUUCCGUGCGUUACGUUCUUUGUAGUAAUCUCAUUGCAGGUGCUACCUCACGCACAUUUAAGUAAAUUGUCAUGAGCCAAAUGCCAGGAAAGAUUCGUAAGCUCACCGCGCGGAGCGCAGGUGUGUAAACGACCUGUCGGAAGGCUAAAUGCCGUAUUUACCUAUUUUAACUAUUAAACUCUCUUAUGUUUCGCCACUACAUCGAAUCUGCCGUUUUCUCCAAGCGGUGUAAAGUCAACGGAAAACGUUAAGCCCUGGAAGAUCUAACCAACAGUCGAAAGAAACCACUUUAAGGCGGUCGCAUCACGUACUGGAAGGGCGAUGUUCGCCAAGAAGAAGAAGAAACCACAAAUAUCAACUCCAACAAAUUUUGAACAUCGUGUACAUACAGGAUUCGAUAAGCGGGAAGGAAAAUUCAUUGGACUUCCUCUACAAUGGGCCUCUAUAGUUGGAAACAAUCAAAUUUUGAAGUCAACUAACAGACCAUUACCUCUGGUAGAUCCGAGUGAAAUUACACCCACUGAGAUUCUUGAUUUGAAAACUAUUGUUCGAGGUCAUAAUGAUCCUAAAGGAAAAGUACAGAUCAGUGACAAAAAUACAGAAAAUGGAUUACCUAAGACUAGUACCGUCGCUAGAUCUAAUUCUCUUCGUUCUUCAAGCCCGCCAAGACUCAGGAGAGAUUACAGGCAUAACAGUAAUUUGCCGCCAUCCGUGCCAGAAGGACAAGAAAUACCGUCCAAUGCUAAUCAAAUACAAGGAUAUACAAAUUUUGGAAAGCAGCAUAAUUAUCUAGAUAAAUUACGACAAAACUCGCCUAACGUCGUAACCGUAAUGAACCCCAAUAUGCAGAAUAUGAUUCCGAAUCUCCAAAAUCUUAAUCCAAACAUGCAGUCAUCUCCAAAUUUAACGCAUACCGGAUCAAAUGCUCCAAAUUUAUCUUUAAAUUUCCAAAAUUUGAGUCCUAUUUCGAAUCAACAAGGUCCAGUGCCAAGUCCAAGUACUCCUCAACUUACAGACUCCGAAUUUCAUAAACUAAACUCUCAAAUGACAAUAAUGUCUGGUCAAUAUAACGGAAAUGUUCAGGUUUCAAAUACCGAAUCAUCCGCAAGAGAUCAACAAGUAAAUCAAAAUGUCCUGUUGCAUAAGUUGCAACCUAAGAUUUCACCGGUAGGAUCGAUAGCAUCGCAACGACCGCUGAGUCAAUUGAGUUCACAUAACGUGAAUAAAUAUUCGCAAGCAUACAAUAUGCAAGAAAGUUCGUCCAUCUUGCAAUCUCACAUGAAGAAACCUAUAGAAACAUCUCAAUCGAUGCAUAACUUGUCUAAGGCAACCGUACCGUCCUCUGGGAGUAGUUCAACUCCAGACCAAAAUCAGAAUAUGAAAAGUGCUUUAUCCUCAGGAAAUCUAGCGGUCGGUUCAAGUUCGAGUGCUUCUAGUAAACAAACCGCGGAACAAAGGCUAACUCACGAACAAUUUCGAGCAGCUUUACAGAUGGUGGUAAGUCGAGGCGAUCCAAGAGAGAAUUUGGAAAAUUUUCUGAAAAUCGGCGAAGGUAGUACAGGAACGGUAUGCAUAGCUACUGAGAAAAAUACAAAUCGGCAAGUGGCAGUUAAGAAGAUGGACUUAAGGAAACAGCAGAGACGAGAACUACUGUUUAACGAAGUGGUCAUCAUGAGAGAUUACCAUCACCCAAACAUUGUCGAAAUGUACGACAGUUUCUUAGUGGACGACGAACUAUGGGUUGUGAUGGAGUAUCUCGAAGGAGGCGCGCUCACAGAUAUCGUUACUCACUCGCGCAUGGAUGAAAGUCAGAUAGCUACUGUGUGUUCCCAGUGUUUGAAACCGCUUGCAUAUCUGCAUUCUCAAGGUGUCAUUCAUAGGGACAUCAAAUCUGACUCCAUAUUGCUUACGGCUGACGGCAGGGUAAAACUAUCGGACUUUGGGUUUUGCGCUCAAGUCUCUCAGGAGUUGCCAAGGCGAAAGUCUCUCGUAGGAACGCCUUAUUGGAUGAGUCCCGAAGUUAUUUCUAGGUUACCGUACGGACCUGAAGUAGACAUUUGGUCAUUAGGUAUAAUGAUUAUCGAAAUGGUCGACGGGGAACCACCAUUUUUUAACGAACCUCCUUUGCAAGCUAUGCGUCGUAUCAGAGACAUGCCUCCGCCAAAAUUAAAGAAUUCUCACAAAGUUAGUCCACGUCUUCAAGACUUCCUUGAAAGAAUGCUCGUCCGUGAUCCAGCACAGAGAGCCACGGCGACCGAAUUGUUGCAACAUCCCUUUCUUAGGCAGGCUCAGAGUCCGAACAUUUUGAUUCCACUGAUGAGAGGUUCCAGACAUACGAACUGUUGACGAGUCGAUGUAAAAAAAAAAAAAAAGACAAA